AUGAUGAACGUACUAAAAAGAUUUUUAGAAAGUCCAGAAAAUACCUUUAUUUCUCGGAAAUACGUGGAGAAGUUGAAAUCUCUUGAGCAGUAUGAAGAUCAGACCUACAGUUUGCAGGAAUUAGAAAAGGAAAAGGUCAAUGAGAUCAUCAAAUCUAUUCUUCUUCUUCUAGCAGGGAUUGAUCAAAUUUCAGGCACGCAGUGCGUAGUGAUGAUAAGUCUCCAGUUGCAGAGCUUUUGCUUGCUGUCACAGGUAUGCCACAGAUGGGAUGAUGUCCAGAAACAUUUUGCCAACAUUUGUCAUGCUCAGUUUCAGUACUUUUAUGAGUACUUGGGAAAUACCCCUUGGCAAGUUAUUACAUCUUUGACUGACAGGUGUUCUAUUACCAGCCAGGUUGUCCACCUAGCAGUGCGUGGUGCUCCUGCAGGACCAGCUGGCACAGAGAAGACAGGGACCAUGGAAGAUUUAGGCUGUGCCCUUGGUAUGACAGUGAAAAUUUUCAUCUAUUCGGAAUACAUGGAUGACGAGAUGUUAAAUAUUUUAAUUUUAUCUGUGGGGAAUAUCUCUAAAGGUUUGGUCCAGACAGGCUUUGAAGAAUUCAAUCAUCUCUUGGUAGAAGUCUAGUCAAUAGUGGCAGUACAAAAAAAGCCUAUCCGUGAUAAAAUUAGGAAGAAAAAGAAAUUUGUAUUUCUUAGUGACAACAUUACACUGAAAUCCAGAGGAAUAUUUAUUACUAUGAUCCCUGCAUGUGCAGGUCAGACAGAACUGCAUGAGAACCUUUGAACUUGUGCCAUGCUUGUCCCUGACACUGAACUGGUCUCUGAAAUGAUGUUGGCUGCUGAAGGGUUUAUUGGUGCCUGUUUGUUAGCCAGGAAGUUCAUCACCUUCUAACCUCUCUGCAGGGAGCUGCUGCCUGAACAGGGCUGUUACGACUGGGGUCUUCAUGCUAUCAAGGCAGUUUUGGUAAUUUCUGGGUCCCUGAAACAAGGAGACAAGAACAGACCUGAGGAUUGGGUAAAAUAUGUUUCUGUCUUAAGAGACUUCAAUUUACAUAAAAUAGUGACAGAUGAUAUCCCAAUUUUCACAGGCGUGAUCAGUGACCUGUUUCCAUCUCUGGAUGUUCUGAGGAUGGGGAACCUACAGUCUGAGCAGAUGGUUAAACAAUCUACCCUGGAGCUGUACUUGCAGCCAGAAGAGAACUUUAUUCUCAAAGAUGUCAGCUGGAGGAGCAGCCGGCAGUGUGUCACUCUGUUUGUUGGUGGAAUUGCAGGGAAUGGAGAGGAACGCCUGGACCCGAUUGCCACGUUGAGGGAUGAUGCUACGGCUGUGGCAUGGAGUAACGAGGGCGAUAGGAUGGCAACAGAAAACACCACUGCUCUAACAAACUGUGAGUGCUGACCUCUGAUGAUAGAUCCCCAGCAAGAGGGAAUUAAAUGGGAAAAGAAUAAAUAUGGAGCUGGCCUUAGAGUCGUAAGUCUAGGACAGAAAGGAUAUGUUUUUCUGAAGACCACUGAAGGAGCUUUAGCUUUUGAUGAGACUGUACUAAUUGAAAACAUUGUGACUAUUGAUCUCAUACUUGAUCCUCUGCUUGGAAGACAUACAGUUAAAAAGGGAAGGUACGUCAAGACUGAAGACAAAAAAUGUGAAUUCAAAAAGAAUUUUCAUCUCAUCCUUCACACUAAACUGGCUAACCCUCACUACAAGCCACAACUGCAGGCUCAGACCACCUUCAUUAAUUUCACUGUCACCAGGGGCAGGCUGGAAGACCAGCUGUUGGCUGAGGUUGUUAAUGCAAGACUCACAAAAAACAUAAGAAGAUUCAAGUUCCGAAGUUUCUUCCACCCCCACCAUAUUCAUGGCAGUGGGGUGGAUGAAAAGUGCAAAAAGCUUGGGUUCACUAUAGACUCCGGAAGAUUUCAUAAUAUGUCUCUAGGACAAAAGCGGGAGAUGGUUGCAAAGGAGGCGCUCAAGAAAGCUGCCCCACAUGGCUAUUGGGUUCUUUUCCAAGUGAGUGUCAAACUGCCUCUCUUAGCUGAGUGGUUCAGAACCUUGGACAAACUCCUUGAACAAUACAAUAUUCAUCCUGAUUUCUGUGUCUUUAUCAGUGCUUAGCCAGCUCCAGCCACAGAAGAGCACAUCAUUCCCCAAGGAAUACUAGAAAAUUCAAUUAAAAUUACUGGUGAACCUCCUACAAGGAUGCUGGCUAAUUUCCAUGCUGCUCUCUAUGGUUCUGACCAGGGGAUCCUUGAAGUGCACGCCAGAGAAGGGGAGUUUAAAAGCAUCCGUUUUCCUCUGUGCAAUUUUCACACUUCUGUUCCUGGGAGACUGAAGCUUGGCCCUCGGGGCUGGAAUGGAAGGUACCAGAUCAGCUCCUGA